GAUGCCUGGACAAGGAGGGAGAAGCAAUGGGAGUCAUUCCGUCCCGAGGUGCCGCCCAUUCCUAUCUCCGGACGCCUCUUCCCAAAUCCUGCGGCCUCUGACAAAUGCCUCACAAUGUCUGGGCUGACCUCGAAAAUUCAGGGCCCAGCUCCUAACAUGCAGGUGUCACCAGAGAGAGAGAUGCAUCACUGUGCCCAGCACCAUAGCUCUGGCUCAGAGAGUUUGCCUGAGAAAGCAGCAGGCAGAAAACAGAAGGUGCGAGUUGCUCCCGAAGGAACUGACUUCAUGUGCAACAGAGCUCGGAGAAGUCCAUGCCUAAGCGCACUCUCCAGAACAGCGGAGGUUGUGCUGAAAGGCAACUGGGAGGUGACGGAGAGCCUGGGAGGUGUGGGCUACACUGGAGGCCAGCAAGUCUGCCAGAGAGAAACGGAAAAAAAGACAGCUGAGAAGAGCUCUCCUGGGGUCAGAACAAAGCUCAAUAUCUUCUUUGACAAAGAAUGUAACAUCAAAAUAGCCAACUAUGGGUUUAGUUCAACAUUUGCAAAGAGAGACAACAUUGCAAAGAGAACGUUUAAUGGGACUCUCCCUUAUGCAGGCCCAGAACUCUUCCUGGGCCAUGGGUACCAAUGCCCAGCCAUCAACAUUUGGAGCCUUGGCAUCAUCAUAUGCAAAAUGGUGGCUGGGGCCCUGCCAUUUUAUGAGCAGAACUGUAAGGAUAUACUGAAAAAAAAAAAACAAAACUAAAAACUAAAAACAAUAUGCUACUUUUUUAUUCAUUUUAUGGAAAAAAAUAUUUAAA